AUGGACCUGACUCAGAAAGAUGAAUUGUAUUGGCAUCAAGGACCCAAGCUCCCCCUUCAGACGCAUGCGAAUGUCUUUGGCGACUUACUCCCUGUUCUGAAUGACGGGUCUGGAUUGUGCGUUGAUCAGACACCGUCUGUAGACCCAGCCUUUGAUUGCUUUGACCUGGCUACCAACAGCUUCGAGUUGGAUCACAUGGGUACAUCUAGUCUGGGGUCAUUAAGCCAUCAACAGAUGCAAAAUCAUAGCGAUGGAUUUGAUUCUCAGGAUCUACAGCAGACUCUGAGUACCUCUUGGCUGGCCAAUCAGGAACUUUACCCGAUGGAUACAUCAACGGUUCUACCCACACUUCCCAUCAGUAUCAACUCAACUCUCCCGCGUCGACGAAGCCGCUACGAGCUCAGGAAUAGCCUGAACGGCGGACGAAGCAUUCGAAUCCCUGUAUAUGAUGCGAAUGCACAAGUCUCUGAUCCUUUGCAAAGAUGGCGAAACAGUCCUCCUGGAACGGAAUCCGCAUCAUGGUCAGCCAUUUACGACGCGCUGCAAGAAACCCCAUUGAACGAUAACAUGCAGGCUCCUCUGACCAGAAUGCCAUCAUCGAGUCCAAGCGUGGCCAGUUGGCAAAGCCAGUCUUCAAGCUCCAUCGUUUCUUCCACGCAGUCUUCUCGAUCGUUUCAGAAUCGAAACCGCAGACGCGUAACAAAGAAGAGGAACGACGUCGCUGGUGCUAAUAAGAAACCCCGGAUCUUCCAUUGCACGUUUUGUUGCGACUCGUUUGCUAAGAAGCAUGACUGGACACGACAUGAGAAGACGCUGCAUCUUGACUGCGACCAGUGGAUCUGUGCACCGUUUGGUGGUGCAGUGGUAUCGUCGGCGACUGGGAGGAGUACAUGUGCAUACUGCAACAUUCUUGAUCCUACUGAGCAUCACCUGAACUCUCAUCACCACAGCGCAUGCCACAAUAGUCAGCAGCCUCACAUCUUCAGGCGCAAGGAUAAUCUCAUUCAACACCUCCGCGGAUUUCACCAACUAGAGACGCUGCCUAUCCUGGACGACUGGAGAACACCGCCACCUCCGAUUUCCUCGCGCUGCGGAUUCUGCGACCUACGCUUAGACUCGUGGCAGGACCGCGCAGAUCACCUCGCACACCACUUUCGUCGGGGCAAAACAAUGGCAGACUGGAAGGGCGAUCACGACUUUGAGCCCUCGAUCGCAGCGCAGGUCCGGAACGCCCUUCCGCCAUACCUGCUCGCCAACGAGGCCUUAACCAUGGUGCCCUUCUCCGCCACGGAUCCGACGGUGCCGGAUCAUUUCGCGCAGAUAGAGGAGAGAAAUGGCAAACCUGUCCCGGAUCCGGAGCAGCAGCAGAUCGAUCCUGGAUUUGAGUUGACGCCUGACUCGUAUACCAAGUUUCUGGCGUGGCAUCUGGGUCGCUUCGCUCAACAGUCGUUUGCAAGCGGUGUCUUUCCGACGGAUGAGAUGUUUCAGGGCGAGGCGAGAAGGCUGGUGUAUGGGAGUGAUGAUAAUUGGGAGCAGACUAUAGCUGACAACGAGCAGUGGAUCGCCACUUUUCGAAGACAGCAUUUAUCUAAAGACUAG